UGCAUCCAGCCAUCCACCCACUUUUUCAUCUGAAACUUUUCCCCCACUCUGGUCCUCUCUCUCUCCAUCUCCCUCUCUCUUUCUCUCUGCCCAAUCCCUCUCUCUCUCUCUCUACCCAAACAACGAUUGACAACAACGAUCUACCCAAAUGCAGCGACGACGGCGAGUGAAGCUCAAGCCUCAAAGCAAAGCACAACUCAGCGAUUGACAACGGUAGGCAGCAAGGCGAUGCACGACGCUGGCGGCAACGGCGAUGCACGACGUUGGCGGCAACGGCGAUGCACGACGCUGGCGGCAACCGCGAUGCACGACGCUGAAGGCAACGGCGGUGGAUGUCGGCGAUGGUGAUGACCAACGACGAAGGUUAGAGGUGGAGAAGGAAUUUGUCGCGGCGGAGAAGAGAGUGCGUGGUCUGUGGUGGCUGCUGGAGAGCAGGUGGCGGCGCGGUAGGCGG